AUGGAAGCAGAAGAAGAUCUCAGAGAUGUCCAGGUUCAGUUGAAUCUGGUUUUAUGUCCAAAUUCAAUCGUCGGAGGCCGAGAAGAAGACGACGGUAAUGAAAACGACGAUAUCAAACUCGACCCGAGCCUACGGUUUGAGAACCCGAGGCUCCGAGAAGCCUACGUUGCUCUCCAAACAUGGAAACAAACCAUUUCUUCCGACCCUUUCGACUUCACUGGCAGUUGGGUUGGUCCUAAUGUUUGUUCUUACAAUGGAAUCUUUUGUGCUCCUCUACCUUCGGACAAGAAGACACGUGUCAUCGCGGGUAUCGAUCCCAACCACGCCGACAUGGCCGGUUACUGGUCCACAGCGCUCGUUCAUCUCACCGAUCUCGCACUCUUUCAUCUAAACUCUAACCGUUUCUACGGCGACGUCCCUAUAACGUUCAACCGCAUGAAAUUGCUCUAUGAACUCGAUCUAAGUAACAACAAUUUUGUGGGCAAAUUCCCCAAGGUUGUCUUGUCCUUGCCACCGCUCAAGUUCUUGGAUCUUCGAUACAAUGGGUUCGAGGGCAAGAUCCCAGCGAAUCUCUUUGACAAAGGGCUCGACGGGAUCUUCCUAAACGACAACAAUUUCAUGUUUGGGAUCCUGAACAACAUCGGGAACUCUCCUAUCUCGGUUCUGGUCCUUGCGAACAACGAUCUUGGAGGAUGUAUACCCGCAAGCAUCGGUCUCAUGGGCAAAACCCUAACUGAGAUCGUCCUCUUGAACGAUAACUUGAUUGGUUGCUUGCCUCCACAGAUCGGAAACAUGACGAGUUUAGAGCAACUUAACGCCGGGAACAAUGUGUUCACAUGUGGGAUUCCAAGAACGGUUUGUAAGCUUUCGAACAUCAAGAAUUUCACGUAUUCUUUCAACUAUUUCACCUGCGACGUGCCCAGAUGCACAGCGUUUUCGGGUGACAACGUGGUGAUGAACGGAACGGGGAAUUGUAUACUUGGUAAGCCUCUUCAGAGACCGCCUCAAGAAUUUUCGACGUUGGAUGGUCAACCCGUGGAUUGCGACCAAUGGCGGAUCCAGAAAAAAAUGUUAGUGGGGGCAAUAGAUAAACGUUCCGCUAUUCGGUUCGGGUUCGUUUGA